AUGAGUUGGAGCAAGGUUGGUUUCGACAGCGCUGACGGUGCGAAGAUCUUUUUGCAGCGCUUGGCUGCCAGCCCACUUGUUCGUCGUUCUCUUCCCAACGCUGCUGCCAUAUGUCAACAAUACUUUGGAUUCAAGCGACUUCAAGGCGAGUCUAUUCAGACGUUUCUGGUGAGAGAGACUCUUAUGCAUGAGGAGUUCGUGGAGGCGAUCAUUAGACUCCACGAGGACAAGCUUGGGGUAAGCCAAGAAAGCCGAGACUUUGGGUUACCCACCUCGCAGGACUAUGACGACUACGACUGGGAGAUGGACUAUGGCUGGUCCAGCUGGUGGGACAAUGGUGGCUGGAAUGAGGGCGAGUACGAGGAGACCGAGCGUGAGGAUGAUGCCGGUGGCGUUGAUCCACCCGAAGAAGGACGCUCACCCGGAGCUGAACGUGAAGAUGCUAAGGUUCCUGCGGCUCCAGGCUCCUCACCUAGCCAUCACCGUGACGGUGGCAGUGUGACUGAGGAACCGACUUCUCCCGCUGAUGACAAGAAAGCCGUCAAGCCAGUGCCUUUGGAUGAGCUGUCGCUUGCGGAUAGCUUCAUCUUGGAUGUACUUCGGGGCUGGCGCUUGUUACAGGCGGCGGGAUUAUCUCAUGAGGAGAAGCGGGACAUCCUCAGUACGACAAAAAACAGUUUGGACUACACCGUCAUUUCAGCAGCUCUUCAAGGACUCUGGGACGACCAACUUCUUGGCCGUCACGGAGGACAUCCUGGUGGCUACAGCGCCCACUACCUCCAGGACCCGGAAGCCAACGAGGCCUACUACCAGCAGGGAUGGUGGAGUGAUCAGAACGAUGACGACGAUUGGUGGUAUCAAGACUACGACGAGUACCCGCCUGAGACCUACACGGCGGCAACUGCUCAGGAGCCAGAUGAUCCGGAGGCGAAGAUUCGUCUCCAUGAGGCCCAGAAGGCAGAGCAGGUCGCGGAGAGUUUGGCCGCGGAGGCCAACAGAACAUGGGCCGAGGCCCAGAGGGCCACACAGGCCCUCCGCAAGGACAGAGGUUUCGGCGCGGUUAUGCAGGGCAAGGGCGUUGGGAAUGGUCGCUGCUUUGUGUGCGGUGGACAACACUUCGCCCGCGACUGCCCCGAUCGGCGUGGACCUCGACCUAAGGGUUUCGGCAAGCACUCUUCCUACGCGGCGGACUACUACGACGACCUCUACUUCAAAAAGGGCAAGAGCAUGUCCAAGGGCAAGGGCAAGGGCAAGGGCAAGCGCUCAAUGUGGAUGGAAGCUCAGGCAUGGAUGAAGGGCAAGGGCAAGAGCAAAGGCAAGGGAAAAGACAUGUCCCGUGCGGUGAAUGCCUACGCCUCCAACAUGUUCGUCGGCGGCCUUGAGCUGAGUGACAGCUAUGAGUUGCAGUCAUCCUCUAUGAGUGCCAGCAAUGCCCAGACCGGUAUGCUGGAUUGUGGGGCAACAGCCUCAGCUGCUCCUGAAGCAGUCGUACAGGGGCUCAUAGGAGCCGUUCUUGCAAAGGACAAGUCAGCGAAGAUCGAGUUUGACCAGUCAGCGCGGCCAUACUUUCGGUUCGGGAACGGGCGUUGGGGUCGAGCUCUCUGUCGUGUUCACAUGUCUAGUCGUGUGUCAGGUCAGCUGAAAACCUUCUCGUUGUACACCCUACCCAAUCCGGCCGAGUUCUACCAGUCCAACUUUGACAAACAAACUCUUGUGCCCGUGUUGAUUGGCAUGGAUUUCCUGGGCAACCAAGGAACGGGGCUACUGGUUGACUUUGGAACGGGACUAGCUAUGUGUACCAAGGAAGAGAACCCCGAGAUCUUUCAGCUAGAUGUGAACCCCAAGGGCCAUUACGUCUACGACAUUCCACCCGCCUUUCGACAACUUCCUCUUCAAGCUCUCAUGGCGACGCCCGCGGCCUCAGCUGCAGCGAAGCCCACGAACACUACGAAUCCCACCGUGGACCCCGAGACCGAGGCGAUUCUACAGGCCGCGUACAAGGCCAAGGCUCGGCCCAAGCAAAGAGCUCGAUCGCUCGAUCCCAGCCGACGGAUGAAGUCGGACCCCCGGGACCCUCGCAACAAGAAGACUCAGUGGCCAUGCUACGGGACCCACACUCCUGCAGCCCCUCAAGGCAAUCCUCACGGGAAGUGGAUAACCUGUCAGUGCUGCAAUCUCAGGCUGCUGUACACACCCAGGAAGGGGAGCCCAGCUUCGAGUACCGAGACGGUGAAUGCCCCGAUGGUGCAGGUGAUGCUGAACGAGCUGGAAGCAGCACUGGGAACGGUUCGGCCAACCGCCAAGAUAUGCCACUACGCUAUGGAGAAGGUGAAGGCCGACUAUGUGCUGCGCAAGGCAAUCGGCGACCUCAUGGGCAACCACAGCACUACUUCCAUUCAGGCACCCCAGAAGGCCGGAUAUCCGACAUCACCAACAACCUCAGCAGCAACCUGGGGAGUGGUGGACGACGAGGAGUUGAUUGCGGCCAUGGAGGCAGGCCAGGAUCAGCAGUGA